AUGCAGACCAUUACUUCCUCCUCGGGCGGCGGCAGCUCUACCAUUGUUAUUGAAAUGCCCUCAAAGUCGAAUCCUCAAGAAAGGCGGUCCCAAGAACUGCGCUCGACUUUCGAGGACACCACGGCCGCUGGGGCUUUGCCGCCUCCUUCAACCUCAACUCCCCAACUACAGAAAUGGAACUCGCCCCAGAUCAACAUGUGGCGUUGUUUCAGCACCUUUUACGCCUUCAUCAUCCUCGGAGCCAACGAUGCCGCCUACGGCGCCCUGAUCCCUUACCUCGAGACCUGGUAUAAAGUCAAUUACACGGUCAUUUCUUUGGUCUUUCUCAGCCCCAUCGUCGGCUAUACACUUUCAGCAGCGUUGAACAACCGCCUACAUACCCUAUAUGGGCAACGGGGAAUUGCCCUAAUCAUGAGCGUCUCCCAUGUUCUUGCAUACACGGCCAUUAGCCUACAUCCACCGUAUCCUGUCUUGGUGGUUGUGUUCAUUCUUGCCGGAUUUGGAAAUGGCUUGGGUGACAGUGCAUGGAAUGCCUGGAUCGGCGACAUGGCCAAUGCAAAUGAAGUGCUUGGUUUCCUUCAUGGCUUCUAUGGCCUCGGAGCAACCAUAUCGCCGCUUCUAGCGACCACGUUAGUCACCAAAGCCGGCUGGCGCUGGUACGAGUUCUAUUAUCUCAUGAUUGGCGCAGCAGCCCUGGAGGUUGUCAUUCUAGUCAGCGCUUUCUGGAAAGCUGAUGCUCGGGCCUACAACGCGGAGCAUCCCCAGACUGCCGACUCCGAAAUAUCCGAGUCGAACUCACCCACUACAACUACCUUUGAGCGUGACGGUAGUCAGCAAGUACACACACGAGGUAUCUUGUCCAAACUCAAUCCGCUUGGUAAAGUGUCCAACGGCAAGCGCAAAAGUACGAGCAAGAGCAAGAGCAAGACGGCCGAAGCGGUCAAGAACAAAGUGACGCUGCUAGGCGCGUUGUUCCUACUCAUCUAUGUUGGCGCCGAAGUGAGCAUCGGAGGCUGGAUCGUGACCUUCAUGUUGCGGGUGAGAAAGGGGUCCGCAUUUGCAUCCGGGUUGACUUCGACCGGAUUCUGGCUUGGGAUCACCGUCGGACGACUUGUGCUGGGUUUUGUCACCGCCCGCGUGUUCCGAAGCGAGAAACAUGCCGUGGCGGUCUACCUGGGCUGUAGCGUGGCUCUGCAACUGAUGUUUUGGCUGAUUCCGAAUUUCGUGGUCAGCGCGCUCAUGGUGGGAUUCCUCGGCUUCUUCCUAGGACCCUUGUUUCCGGCCGUCGUCGUGGCCCUGACCAAGCUGCUGCCCAAGAAGCUGCACGUUGCCGCGGUGGGGUUCGCGGCCGCAUUUGGCGCCAGCGGUGCCUGCGUAUUGCCGUUCGCCGUGGGAGCCAUCGCAAACGCAAAGGGCGUCAAGGUCUUGCAACCUAUCAUCUUGGCUGCGUUGGUAGGUUGCUUCGUGGUCUGGAUGAUGAUCCCCAAACUGCCCAAGCAGAGAAUGGCAUGA